UUGUUUGUCUGCGUGUGUUUCUUGAAGUAAAGGUCAAAUUAAUUAGUCUUUGUCGCAAUAAAUGGUUAAUUGGCAGUUGACAGGUUAGAAGUUAGAAGAUGAAAUGGAUGCAAAGGAGGAAAGUGGCGAUAUCCCUACUACAACUUGCUAUCCUCUUUCCUUCAACUUAAGUAGUCUUGAUGGUCAAAUGAUUAAACUAGGUGAGAAGUGAGAACCAUUUAAUUUCUCUCAUUUUUCUUCUCGUUCAUUGAUACCGUGAUAGAGAAUCUCAGUGAUCUACUGAAACUUGAUGAUCCAAGUUCACCCCUUCAUGUUGGGGGACUCGUGGAUCAAGUUGAAAAGACUUUAAAGGAGUUGAAGUUCCUUAGAAGCUUUGUCUGCUUUGUUUCAGACAAAUAAAGAAAGAUGUAGAGAGAAAGGGGAGAGGGGAGAAAAUUAAGGAAUAUGGUGUAACUAAAUCUCUUGAUUGAAGACACAAAUAGUGGAUUUGGGGGUGGAUUCUAUAUAUUUUGUAAAUAAAACUUGUUUAUGCAUGGUAAUUAACUAAACAUGAACAUUAAAAGUAAUAGAGUUUCAAAUAGUAUAUAAGAAUGAAAAAAAAUCCAUUUUUAAAAUUAGAGCCGUUGGGUCCAUUCAGGAUCGCUUAGAACUGCUUGAACCGGCCUACUUCCCGGCCGGUCCCAGUCUCGCAGGCCUCGUGCACGAGACCGCCCCACUACCCAGCUCACCUCACCCCGGUCCUGGUCUUAUACAGUCUAGGACUAUUUAGGCCCAGAGCUCAUAUGGGCUGCGAUCCUGGGCUGGUCUCGGUCCUGAACCGGCCCACUUGCCAGGGUUACUCUUGUAUUCCCAACCCCAACGCCGUACGCGGCUCAGAUGCUGCGUUAAUUACUUGCAGUAGUAUCUUCUUUUCUUUAUUACUCAACUAUGUGCACAAGGAUUCAUGACACAGAAAGCAAGACAGUUUUCAACGUAGCAUUCAGAAAUCAAAUUGACUCGUACAUAUUUAAUUACUAAACAAUUUCUCCUUAUGACUAAUAAAGAAAAUUUCCGCGUUAAGACCAUGUUCUCGUCGACUCAUCCUUAUUAGGGAAUCCAAAGUCUUCAAUUUUUGCAGCAGCCAUUCUAUAUAAAUUUAGGGUUUAUAACCAAAUCAAUCUAAGACUCUGUUCUUCACUAAAAAAACUCCAAUCAAUGACCGCUCAAGAAACAAACUCUAAUACUAUCAUUAAGGAGCUGCCAAAUGCUCUGUUUUGGGAUGUCAUGGAAAUCCGAAAAUGGCAAGAUUUUUGGUUCGAGCCUGGCCUAAUUAAAUGUGCAAUGAAAUUCAACUCCUCCUUCCAAGCUAAAGACGACGACGUUAUUUUAGCAUCAGCUCCCAAAACAGGUACCACUUGGCUCAAAGCUCUUUGUCUAUGCAUCUUGCACCAGAACAUUAAUAUUCCCGAAAACGAAGAUCUCUUAACCAAGGACAAUCCUCAAUUUCAUGUUCAGACCAUAGAGUCAACUAUUUACUCUACAAAACCAACUCCUGAUUUGUAUGCUAUGCCAUCUCCAAGACUUUUUCACACCCAUUUGCCUUUCAGUUUUCUUCCUGAUUCUGUCAAGAAUUCCAAUGGCAAGAUUGUAUGCAUAGCACGGAACCCAAAAGACACACUGGUAUCUUUAUGGCAUUUUUUCAACUCCAUUUUCAGGCCAAAUCAAGAACCCUAUCCACUGGAAAAGGCAGUUGAGGAAUUCUGCACAGGGGUUCAUCAAUACGGCCCGUAUUUCGAAAAUGUGUUGGGAUAUUGGUUGGAAAGUCAGAAGAGGCCAGAGAAGAUAUUGUUCCUGAAAUAUGAAGAGAUGUUAAAGGAUCCUAAAGAUCAAGUGAAGAAACUGGCUUUGUUUCUUGGGAAGCCAUUUGAGAAGGAAGAAGAUGUGGAGAAAGUUGUGUGGAGGUGUAGUUUGGAGAGGUUGAGGAAUUUGGAAGUAAACAAAAAUGGUAGUGUAAUUUAUGGAGUACCAAACAGUAGCUAUUUCAGGAAAGGAAUGGUUGGGGAUUGGAACAAUUACUUGACUCCUGAAAUGGAAGAUCGGAUUAACAAAACUACAUUCCUCAAGUUUCAGGGAUCUGGACUAGAGUUCGAGAAUUGAAAUUUGAAAUUCUUGUUUGGUUUUUUUUCUUCAUUCCUUUUUAAGAAGCAGAAAAAAUUUAUAGCCCCUGUUAUUGGAGUCAUAUACUCCUGUAAGUUGUAUUUGGAUUUUCCAAUCUUGUAACUCACUAUAUUUAUCCAUUUUGUAUUGUUUUCCUUCUCCUAUCCUUUAUUUGUUUAUUCAAACCUUGAUAAUGUGUGCAUUUCUGUUU